AUGUGGUACGAAGAAAGGAUUGAGAAACAUGCACAUUCGGCUAAUCCAAAAUUCCAUUUAUGUUGCGGAAAUGGCAAAGUACAGUUGCCUUUGUUGAAAGAUCCACAUUGUUUACAGAAGCUAUUAUUUGAAUCAAAUUCAAAUGAAUACAAAAAUUAUCAGCAAAAUAUCAAAACAUAUAGUAUGAUGUUUGCAUUUACAUCACCUGGGGCCAAAGUUGAUAACAGUUAUAACAAUGGGCAUGGUCCACCUAACCUGCGGAUACAAGGCCAAGCUUGCCAUAGGAUUGGAAGUCUUCUUCCACUUGCAGGACAAUUACCAAAAUUUGCCCAACUCUACAUCUACGAUACUAAGAACGAAAUUCAUAAUAGAAUCCAAUCACUAAGGAAUCAAAACAAGAUAGAUGUGGAAAUUGUGAAAAAACUGACACCAAUGUUAGAUGAGCAUAAUGUUCAUGCAAAAUCAUUUCGAAUGCUAAGAGAUCGUUAUAGAGAACAACAAUUUGCUAUUCUUAAACUGCGACUUAUUGCUAACAGAUUUAAAGAUGGCGGGAUAUAUAAUAUUCCAAAUGUUUCUGAAGUAGUAGCAUUGAUAGUUGGUGAUGUUGAUUCUGUUUCACCAAGGGAUAUUAUAAUGGAAAACAAAAGUGGAAAACUACAAAGAAUUAAUGAGUUACAUACUAGUUACUUAGGUUUUCAGUAUCCUUUACUGUUCCCAUAUGGAGAAGAUGGAUAUAGACACGAUGUUAGCCAUCAAUGGUUCUGUUUUAGAAUUCAUAGUAGACAAAAUGAACCACAAACAUUGCUAAGAUCUAAGAGAUUGUUUCAACAAUUUGUGGUAAAUGGUUAUACUAUGAUAGAAUCUGAGAGAUUAUCAUUUGUUAGGAACAACCAAUCAAAGCUAUGAGUGGAUAAGUACAUCAACCUUUGUCAACCAAAUUCCACUACAGAGCAAGAAGGAUCAAACAAGGGUAAAAGAGUUGUGUUACCUUCGAAUUUUGUUGGAAGCACUAGAUUUAUGAAUCAACUAUAUUUUGAUUGAAUGGCUAUUUGUAGUAAUGUUGGAUUUCCAGAUUUAUUUGUUACCUUUACAUUCAAUCCUAAAUGGCCUGAAAUAAGAAGGGCAUUAUCUAAUCUGAAUUUGACAGCAGCUGAUAGGACAAACAUAAUCUCAAGGGUCUUUAGAAUUAAAUUUGGUCAAUUGCUUGCAGACCUAACUAAGAAUCACUUGAUUGGUAGAGUUAUUGCAUAUAUGUAUACAAUUGAAUUCCAAAAACGUGGUCUGCCACAUGCACAUCUACUUCUUUUUCUGCACCCAAAUAGCAAAUAUCCAACGGUAGAUGACAUUGACAAGGUAAUAUCAGCUGAAAUACCAUGCCCUAUAGCGAAUCCGAAAUUACACCAAUGUGUAAAAGAACAUAUGAUUCAUGGCCCAUGUGGGAUAGCAAACAAAUCACUUUCGUGCAUGAAGAAUGGUAAAUGCUCUCGGUUUUUUCCUAAAAAAUUUCAAGCAACAACUACUAUUUUUGAAGAUGGUUUUCCUCACUACCGUAGGAGGGAUAAUUCCACGACGGUUAUAAAGAAUGAUAUUUCUUUAGAUAACCAUUAUAUUGUUCCAUACAACCCGAAGUUGUUACUCAGAUAUCAAGCACAUAUAAAUGUUGAAUGGUGUAAUAGAAGUACUUCUAUAAAGUACCUAUUCAAAUACAUUAAUAAGGGCUAUAACAGGACUACGACAACCAUUGUCAAUAAUACUAAUGAAUCUACUGCAUUACACGACCCUGUAUAUGAGAUCAAAUAA